AUGCCGCGCGAGUCAUCGAUGCUGCGACUGCUCCAUUGGGAGGGGGACGCCAUGCAUAUUGGCCGAAGUAUCAACGAAGCAGAACUACCCUUCCAGCCCAGCGUCGCGACCAUUCCGGCCCCCAAUCCCCGCCUCGGUCUGGAGAACGUUGCUCCCACCGACACGGUCCUGGGUCCGCUCACGCCAGAAGAACUACUGGUUGCUAUUCACCUGCUUGAAUUCGCCAAGGAUCCCAACGCGCCGCCCUCAAGUACGGCUUCCGGUGAGACUGCUUCACCAGCGAAGCCCCUUGUUGACAUUCGGAUCAUCUUGCGGGCCUGUCUGUAUUGCUUCUCCGAGCGUCGUCUCUUCACCCAGGAGCGUCUUUCGGCUGCCAUUGGGCAGCUACUUGAUCAACCCGUUCUCCCCACCCUCUUCCUUCGCACUGUGAUGCAGGCCCUGGCCCUCUAUCCCCGUCUCGCCGGCUACGUCAUUAAUGUCCUCUUCCGGCUUAUUCGCAAACAGGUGAGCCGCUUGUACUUGUUACGGCUGUGA